UGAACAAAAACAACCGGAAACUUAUUUGUUUCUGUAACAACUUUACAAGCUUUAGCCAGCUGGAUGGGAGGAAAGGGAGCCAAGCAAAGACAAACAUGAACAAGCUGAAGUCCUCACAGAAGGAUAAAAUUCGCCAGUUCAUGAUUUUCACACAAUCCAACGAGAAGACUGCACUCGUCUGUCUGUCACAACAUGACUGGAAACUAGAGGUGGCCACCGACAAGUUUUUCCAAAACCCAGAGCUCUACGUUUGCAGUUUAAAAGGGGCUUUGGACAAGAAGAAGCUUGAGCAACUAUACAACAGAUAUAGAGAUCCUCACGAUGACAACAAGAUCGGCAUCGAAGGGAUCCAGCAGUUUUGCGACGACCUCGGUUUGGACCCCGCCAGUAUAAGCGUUCUCCUCAUCGCUUGGAAGUUCAGGGCUGCGACGCAGUGCGAGUUCUCGAAACAGGAGUUCAUGGAUGGCAUGGCAGAGCAAGGAUGCGACAGUAUAGACAAGCUAAAAGCUCAGCUACCCAAGAUGGAGCAGGAGUUAAAAGACCAAGGAAGAUUUAAGGACUUUUACCAGUUUACAUUUAAUUUUGCAAAGAAUCCUGGCCAGAAAGGUUUAGAUUUAGAAAUGGCUAUUGCAUAUUGGAAUUUAGUAUUGGAUGGAAGAUUCAAGUUCCUCGACCUAUGGAAAACAUUUUUAGUUGAGCACCAUAAAAGAUCGAUUCCCAAGGAUACAUGGAACCUGCUGCUGGACUUCAGCACCAUGAUCACAGAUGACAUGUCCAAUUAUGACGAGGAAGGAGCCUGGCCUGUACUCAUCGAUGACUUUGUGGAGUUUGCACGACCGCACGUCGGGACCAAAAGUACUGCAGUUUAAGUUCCUCUCCACAGCCCACGCAGACAAGAGAAAAGAACACGUGGCCCUCACUGAGCUGACAACUGCGUUGCCUUUUCAAUCCUCAGGACUGAAAUAUUUUACACAGCAGAGACUUUAUAGAAACACGUGCGUGAGUGAGUGUUCGUGUAUGUACAAGACGGAUAUAAAAAUAAUGCAUAUCACUUUGUCGGUCAGCUUGUGGUGGUUUGGGGCGCUUUUAACUACAGUAUUGGGAUUUUUGAGAAGGGGGUGCCCAAGCCAAGCGAGAUGAGGCACCGUCUCAGUUUUGGGAUGUGUUUGAGCUCCGCUCCAGUGUCAACAAACACACUCUCGAACUGUAAUGUCAACAUUCUUUCAUAAUAAUAAUAAUUUUAAAUUUGACUUCUGAGUGGCAUCCCGAUUUUUAUU